UGGUAUCCAUCCCAGAGGAUAAUACUAAAGCAUAUGUCCAGAGAGAGCGUGAGUAACCAAAGGCCGACCAGAAAAAUCUAUUCCGUUUUAUUAAGCCACCAUGAAAUCCCCAGUAACUAUCCAAAACCAUUGCUAUAGACGUUUGUAGUCAGCAUAUUUGCGAUGACGCCACUGUUGCAAAUCUCCGUUAAUAUCUCGGCCUUCAGGUUGGAAACCUUACAAAAUUAUAGCACAUACAAGAAACCCGCUAACUGUUGCUCCUUAUCGAGAGCAAAGAUUGCUUCUUUGCAUCACAACAGGUUCAAAUUGAGGGCCUAUAGGGAGAGGUGGUCUUUCUUAGCAGGAAGUAGGGGUCAGGAUGGGAUUUUAGUGCGAGAGGAGGGAUUGAAGAUGAAGAAAAGAGUGGUUUUGGUAAGGUUUAAUCAGGGUUUCGGGUUUAAUGGCGGCGGCGGUGGUGGGAGAGAUGAUGGUGCCACUGCUAGGAUUCUGGGAAAUCUUGCUUUGGCUAUUGGGUUGACUUAUCUUUCCAUGACUGGGCAGCUUGGUUGGGUUCUUGAUGCCAUUGUUUCCGUUUGGCUCUUUGCAGUGCUUUUACCCAUCGUUGGCUUGGGUGCUUUCCUCUGGUGGGCUGGACGGGAUAUGGUUCAAGGCACUUGCCCAAACUGUGGAAAUGAUUUUCAAGUUUUCAAAUCUUCUCUAAAUGAUGAUUUGCAGUUGUGCCCCUUCUGCAGUCAACCUUUCUCUGUGGUCGGUGAUGAGUUUGUAAGGGACUCUGUGAAGUUCUCCAACCAAUCAACAACAUUUGGGCAGGCUUUCAAGGAUUUUUCCCGUACCAAAAAAGGGAAAGGUUCUUCUAUGGCAGUUGUCGAUGUUGAAGCAGAUGUAAAAGAUGCAGACUAAGGCCAUUAAAGCCAUUAUAGCCUGAACCUCUGAUGGAGGUAUAUUGUCAUACCGAACUGGAGACACCCUCAAUGAACAGGGCCAUUAUUGCUUGAGAGGAUUGGUUAGCAAACUGACAUCGCAGCUGUAAUAUAAGUUUUGACAGUGAUGUUUCUUAUGUUGUAUUCUUGCAUAUCAUUCGCGGGCCUAAAGUUCCUUGUCUUAAUUCCAAUGGUCGUCUUGUUCCA